UUUUCUUUUUCUUUUCUUCUUUUUGUUCUCUCUCAAAAAAACGUUACAGUAUACAAGAUCUCUCAAAUUCCAUUCGCCCCAUUUCACACGGAUCGUUCCUUUCUCCUCCUCUCGCCCUCUCGACGAUGGCAGACAGACAAGAAAAAGGAGCUGAAUCGGAGGAACAUGAACGGAAAAUCCCAGUGUUUACAGUGAUGAAGAACGGUGCAAUUCUCAAGAACAUCUUCGUCAUCAACCAGCCACGAUUCCCGUUAUCGCCAUUGUUCACUUCCAACCCGGAAUCGAUCAAUUCAGCGAAAAUUGAGGACAAGAUUAAUCAACAAAUGGAGGAGACACUAAUCGUCGGUCGACACCCUGACUGCAACAUUAUGUUGACCCACCCCAGUAUCAGUAGAUUCCACCUCCAACUCCACUCCAGGCCUUCGUCGCAGAAGCUCUCUGUAAUCGAUUUGUCAUCUGUACAUGGGACCUGGGUUUCGGAGAAGAGGAUCGAACCGGGGGUUCGAGUGGAGCUGAAAGAGGGUGAUACCUUAAGGGUUGGUGGCUCGACAAGGGUUUACAGGCUGCAUUGGAUUCCUUUGGUCCGUGCAUAUGACAUAGAGAACCCAUUUGUACCGGAAAUGGAUUUGUCCACGGAAAAAUUGGGGGAAGAAGAAAAUCCAGUGGUUGUGCCAGAAAUUGCAACUGAGACAAAUCAGAUCGUGGAGGAAGGAAAUUCCGUGCCUAAUGAAAGUGAAAACUUUGAAUCUCUGGAUAUUACUUUUGAGGAUACGGAUUCCUUGUUUGCUGAUGAGAAUUCAGAAGUAACUCUAGAGAAAGAGAUCCCCUCAGCACCGUUGAUGCCCAAAUGGGAUUCAGUCUUGGAUGAAACAGGAGAUGUUAGCCCACCUAGUAAUGACCAUGAAUCAAGCGAUAUCUCAAGUCCCUGCAAACAGCCUGGGGUGGAUAUUCCCUUCGAGCCCCAGAAUCAACAAUUUGACAUGAAUAACCAGAGCUCGGAAAUAACUCUGAAGAAAGAGAUCCACUCAGCACCAUUGAUGCCCAAAUGGGAUUCAGUCUUGGAUGAGACAGGAGGUGUUAGCCCACCUAGCAAUGACCAUGAAUCAAGGGAGAUAUCAAGUCCCUGCAAACAGCCUGCAGUGGAUGUUGCCUUGGAGGCCCAAAAGCAGCAAUUUGACAUGACUAACCAGAGCUCAGAAAUAACUCUGAAGAAAGAGAUUCCCUCAGCACCAUUGAUGCCCAAAUGGGAUUCAGUCUUGGACGAGAAAGGAGAUGUUAGCCCAUCAAAUAAUGAUCAUGAAUCAAGGGAGAGCUCAAGUCCCUGCAAACAGCCUGCGAUGGAUGUUGCCUUGGAGCCCCAAAAUCAGCAAUUUGACAUGAAUAACCAGAGCUCAGAAAUAACUCUGAAGAAAGAGAUCCUCUCAGCACCAUUGAUGCCCAAAUGGGAUUCAGUCUUGGACGAGAAAGGAGAUGUUAGCCCACCUAAUAAUGAUCAUGAAUCAAGGGAGAGCUCAAGUCCCUGCAAACAGCCUGGGGAGAAAGUUGCCUUGAAGCCCCAAAAUCAGCAAUUUGACAUGAAUAACAAGAGCUCAGUUGAGUCUGUCCCAGAACUCCUAUCUGAAAGGGAAAGUUUAUUCGGAAGAGUGAACAAAGAUGCUAACCUCUUGUCAAACUUGGACUCUUCUGAAUCGCCUAAAGAAGUGGCAGCUAAAGCAACUGAAAAUGAAAGCCAAAGACAAAAACGGAAUGAACAUGCCUGGGAUAAUUCAAGUCCUUUAUCUAUGUUGCUUGUGACGGAAUCUGUGAAUUCAUUUUUGACAGAAGAGGAGCUUCUUUCAGAAGUGAAAACUACACAGUUCAGCAAAGAAAACCAGACGCAGAGCUCGACACAAUUUGCAUUGGAACAGCCAUCUGAAAUUGAGAAAAAUGGAAAUUCUGCAAUAAAUGAAAACUUGAACUUUCCGGGGAGCAUAAAAAAUGUCAAAAAAUUUGAAGAAACUGUGGAAAACCAGAGCUCGACAAGUAAAGGACAGAGGAAAAUAAGGAUUCAGUGUUCUGCACCUCUUGAAGCAGAGUCUGUGAGUUCAUCUUUUCCAGUGGGGGAAGUUCCUGAUGCAACAGAAAACAAAGAGAGCCAGACCCCAGAGUCUCACGCCACUGCUGCUGCACUGUCUGAAAUAGAAAAUUUAGAAGGCUCAACAUUAAGGUCAGAGAAAAGAUCAAGAGGCGUUCGGUCCAGAACAGGUAAACCUGCUGUUCUUCAGAUUCAAACAAGCAGGAGUAUAGGAAAGAUCAGAGGUGGUAAUAACGGUGAAGUUGAAUUCCAAAAACAAGAGGGUCUUGUUAAAGGAAUAGCUUCAGAGGCUCUUUUCUCUAGCUUAGAGGUAGAAGAAGAGAUUUAUACUCCAGAUAAGGAGAAUCUAACCCCAAGGACUCGUCAACUGAAGUUCUUAAAAGAGAUAGGAAAGCUGGAAGAACCUUCCCCCAAGGCAUACAGACCAAUCUCUUCAAAAGCAGCUUUCAACCCCAGUAUCAAGCUAGAAGAAGACAUGAAUGCCUCUUCAGAGAAAGAAAACAAGACACCUUCAAAGUUCUCAAAAAAGAAUAGAAGGCUUGAAGAGAGUAAUGCAUUUUCAGACAAAGAAAACAUGACACUUAAGCUUCUGCGCGAACAUAAACCAUCAAAAUACUCCUCAAGGAAGCCAGUUUUGGAGCAAGAAGUAGUGACAAUGAAGAAAAGAACAGAAAGGGUGCCAUUUCAGUCUUUACUUUUGGACUCUGCAGGGAGACAUGGACCAGCUACUACAGCCCCUUCUUAUAGCAGCAAUUCUGUCAAUUAUUCUCAACCAACGGAGAAAAGGGUCACUUGCCCCUCUUCUAAAAACUAUGUUCAAGAGGCUAAGAGGAGCUGGACUAUAAUAGUCGACACUACUAGUCUUUUGGACAAGGAAUCAAGAAAGUCUCUGAAGUUGUUACAAGGUCUGAGAGGAACCGAACUAGUUGUUCCAAGAAUGGGUAAUGAAAUUUCGAAAAGGGCCCUUUGUUCCAUUUUGCUAAAUCUAGUUAAUCGAAUUUCUAAAAUAGCUUCAUAUCAUCUCAACUGCUCCCUUUUCUUUCCUGACAACCAGCGGAUUGGUUUCUUUAUUCCAGUUAUAAGGGAACUAGAUUGUUUGAAGCAACGUGGUAGCUUGUUCAGAAGAACCACUGAGGCUUCUACUGUUUUAGAAUGGAUUGAAGAGUGUAUGAUGAAAACAAAGUGGUGGAUUCAUGUGCAGAAGUUAUUGGAGGAUGUAAGGCCAAUUGCGCCAACCCCUCCCGCUUCUCCAGAGUCUCGAUUCAGUGGUGGGGGAUCUUCAGGUUGGACAACAAGCUCGGGGCCAUUCUCAGCGCAUGGGAUGACGGAAAUUGUUUCACCAACAGCAAAAGACCACAUCCUCGACUGCGCCCUCCUCUAUAGGAAGAUGAAGAGUGAUGGACAGCUCGUCCUUCUAAGCAAUGAUAUCACUUUAAAGAUCAAGGCCAUAGCAGAGGGUCUAAUAUGUGAAACAGCCGAGCAAUUCCGUGAGAGCCUGGUGAACCCUUUCUCUGAGAGGUUCUUGUGGGCAGAGAGCUCUCCUAGAGGACUUACUUGGUCUCAUUUAGAUGAUAUAGUGUUGAGGGAGAAGUAUAGUCGUUACCCUGCAAAGAAGUCAUCAAAGGGAGAAGGUGCAAAGGGUCUGAAGCUCAUUCUGCUCCAUAACUCUCACUAUGGGCAUAUCUAAACUUGUGUCAGGUAAAAAUAAAACAAUUAGUAUACAUGUAUAUUGGUUUCACUUGGUUGGGUUUGGGCAAAAAUGAUGAUUGAAAAGGUUAUAACUGUUUCUUAGGUUGAGAAGAUUUUUGACGGGAUUUCAAUCUUAAAUUUAGAUCGUUUAGAUUUUAUC